UGGAAACUUUUCCCCUCAUGGUAACAGUUAUACGUUUUUAAAAGAGACAAAAUAUCUGACCUGAAAAGGAGAGAAUAACAAAAAGGCUUUAGGUUGUUUGGCAUGAAUGUUCAGGGUGUGUCUGUAGUGCAUGGCACCAGCCGUUUUAACGUCAUGGGUGGUUUUGUCAGGAUCCAUGGUAGCUCUUUUCACAACCAGAGUUUCAGCUAAAAUAGCAAAGGCGAAAGAGAGAGAGAAAAAGUGUGAUAAAUAACUCUUAUAUCAAAUAACACAAGGGAGUAUUGUCUUAAAAUCUCAUUAGCAUAUACCAGUAUUGUUACAGUCAAUCUUGUGUUACAGAAUCAAGGUAGUCACAUGAAUAAAGAGAAAUGGACAUGUUAAACAGUUGAAUGUGUUUUUUUAAGAACAGGUUUUGUCUAGACACGUUUCAGUAAAGGCACAUUAUAAUUUUUUUAUGUCUGCAGGCAACCGAGAGCAAAAGUGAUUGCACAUUUUUUCCUAUUAAUUUUUUUCCACAAAGACAUCAACAACAUUUUCUUACCGACAAACCAUUAUAAAAGCAUCUGCUAUGUUUAAAUGAUUAUUAACUAGCAGUAAAUAACAAUACCUGAUUUAAAGCAAAACACUGCAUUUAAGUCAAAAAACUAAAAUGUGAUUUUUGUUGAUUUUUGUUGUUUUCAGGCAAACUGAGUUAUUUCCCUUCAAACCUAAAAAGAAAGCAAAAGUAAAAUAUCCUUAAAGUAAUUGUUUUAAAACAAUAUUGAGCGAAAAUACCUGUUAUCAAAGUCUGGCUAAUGUACACAAGACAAGAUUAGUUUAUAAAAGAUUCUAAAAGUGGUGGGCAUAUAAAAAUUCCAGCCUGUGUUGUCUUUGUAAAGAGCUGAAAUCAGUGGGAGUACGACAUGAGCCAGGAAUUUCCAAAAGUGACAACAGGGAAGUCCCUGACUCCCUGCAAUAAAGUAUAAAAACUGCAGCGACAUUGAGCACUUCACAGACACAGCCUCAACAUGAAGCCGACAGCUUUUGCUUUCCUGACAUUCAGCCUCAGCAUAUGUCUAACAUACAGUCAGUAUGUACCAAAGACCUGCCAGUGCCCACAGGUGACGAAACGAGUCAAGGGCCCAUUUAGUGACUUCAGCGUGAUCCUAAAAGGACCCACCUGCCUCAAAGAUGAAAUUAUAGUCACACUGCAGAGGAACAACAGGCAAGUGUGCCUCAGUCCAAAUGACAAACAGGGCAAGCGACUGAUGAUGUGUUGGCAAAGGAAUGGCAAAAACAGCAAAAGAUGUUUACGCAAACUACAACAGAAGAGGCCAAACAAGAGAAGGCAAAUCAAAUCCAAGAAGGGCUCUUAAAUGAAAUAUUAGGCACAUGUUAAAUCACAUGUAAUGAUCCUGGGAACAGAAUGCCCUUUAAGCUUGUGCAAUAUGUUAUGGGAUUUCUGCACUUUCAUAUGCACUUUUCAAGCCGAGGAUAAAGAAAAGGAUCUAUUGAGAGGAGUGCACAAUGGAUUGCAUCUAAUGAAGGCAUGUUAUAACAGGGAUGGAAUCGAGCAAAGACAAUUAUAAAGACAUUUGAGCCCUGCUAUGCAGGUCAAACAUGCAGUUUAAAAACUUUUAAUGUUUGGAUUUUAAAAGCAUGUGUUCUGUGAUCACAUGAAGAAAGUGAAUUUUGUAAAGUUUUAAUAUAAAAUAGUGUAAUAAAUAAGAAAAUGUUA